GUCAAAAUGACACUUCUUCUUAUGCUUGUCACAAACUGGGUGAAUUAUUCUGAGUGGCAGGAAAAGCUAUCUCUCAUACUAUCCUUACAUUGGUUUUGUUUGUACCGUAAAACAUUACGAGGUUAUGGAAAUUCAGCUCUGAAUAGAAAAUAGAGGACUUUGUUGAAGUACCGAAGGUUCAUUUGAUAAACUGAGACCCUGCGUUGUGAAGAGACAUGGAGGCUGUUUUAGGACUGUUGGUGAUCUCAGCAGGAUUGUCUCAUGGCUAUGAGACUUCCUGUGAUGGUAGAGAAAAUGGAUGUCAGUGUUAUGGAGCUCUGGGAGGAACUGUCUAUCUCCAGCUGACUGAUACCACGAGAUAUGCUGAUCUCUCAUUUUGGAAAGACCCAACUGGUGCUAAAACACAGAUACUCAAAAUGAAGAAUGACACAGUGGUAAUAAGAUAUCCCCCCAUUAAAGACAGAGUACACUUCUUUAUAAACAAUGGGACAUUGAGGUUAAAUAACACAAGAAGGAAUGAUUCUGGUGAAUACCUGCUAGAAGAAUAUAAAUCAGAAGGGAAAUUAUCAGGGAUCAGAGGACUACAACUGUUCAUCGAAGCUCCAGUGUCCUCUCCUCAGCUGUCCUCUAAGUGUCUGUCCCAUGGAGAGAUGAGGGUGUCCUGCUCCUCUGAGGGGGAUGGUCCCCAGUACAGCUGGACUCUGGAUGGACAGACACUGAGAGACACUGAGACCUCUCCUGAUAACGAGACAAACACCAUCACUCUGAAGAAAGGCCUGUCAGGAAAUCUCACCUGUACCAUCAGAAACUACAUCAGCAGUGAUACUGUCAGCAGGAGAAUCUCACACUGUCCAGGGCUGAUAUAUGUUAACUGCACCUCAUCCAACGGGACAAAGGUAUCAGAGUGGGUGAAUGCCACUGGUAAUACCCUGUGUGUUGAGUCUACAACAGUGGUGACUGUGACUGUGGCCGCCACCAGUAAAACCUCCACUGGUAAGGGCCCGGGGAUACUGAGGCAGGAAAUGAGAAAGAAGGAGAGGGAGGCGCCGGUGGAGGUGGAAUACGGACAGGUGAAAGUAGCGGGUGGUCCMCAGCAGCAGCUGGAGGUGGARUAUGGACAGAUUACAWUAUUAGAGGGUACCAGGAGGAAGGUAGACACGCCUGAGGAGGAGUAUUGUAUGUACGCCAGUGUACGGAAAGGACAGUGA